UUAAAAGGUGGACGAGAGAAAAAGCCUGUAUCAGAUUGGUGGUAGCUCAUAAUGGGUAAAUCAAAGAGAGCGAAAAAAUUGCACAAGCAGCUAAUGAAUGGACGGAUAAGAUAUGUCUCAGGAUCUUCAUUGAAGGAUUGCAACACUGAGGUUGGCGAUUCCAUCAGUCAAUUGCCAGAGGAAAUUCUUUGUUCAAUUGUGUCCUUGUUGACAUUGAGAGAGGCUGCGAGGACCAGUGUCCUUUCAAGGAGAUGGAGAUUCCUCUGGAGGAGUUUGUUGAAACUGAAUUUUGAUAUUACAAACAUGACUGGAGACACCAUCUUGCAACAGCAUGACAAGGGUAGAUUUGUGACAUGGAUUAACCAAGUUUUGAAACAUCAUGCCGGUGAAAAGAUAGUGUCAUGCAGAGUUGUUUAUCCAUUGGGUGGAGAGUAUGGUCAGGACAUUGAUCAAUGGGUUCAGUUUGUUGCAGCUAAAGACGUUGAAGAGCUUCAUAUCAAGUUGACUACAUGCCAUCUGUUGCACCAGGAUUAUACCCUCUAUGAAUUUCCUUACUGGUUCUUUGCUCAAGGAGGAAGAAGAUCUUCCUUGAAAUGUUUGUCUUUAAAUUCGUGCAGUCUGAGCCUUCCACAAAAUUUUAGAAGCUUCAGCUCCCUUGUUUCACUGUGUGUAAAAAAUACACGCGUGAGUGAAGAAAAUAUACAAAACAUGUUGUCCAAUUGUUUGUGCCUUGAACAGUUUAGCAUUUCAAAAUGCUACUGUCCAAUUCGUUUGAAAAUUGCUAAUGGAGACAAGUAUCUGAAGCUGAAGCACUUAAAUUUAACAUUUUGUCGUGGUUUAGAGGUGGUUGAAAUAUAUAAUGCUAUAGAUCUUGCAUCAUUUGAAUGUAGAGGAGAUGUCUUAAGACAGCUUUUGUUCAAGAAUAGCUUGCAGCCUGUGAGGGUAUGCUUUUUUCCUGUGUGGAAUACAUUAGCCGGUAUAAACUAUGCCUUUGGUAGAUUUGCUACAGAUUUCCCUCAACUUGAGAGCUUGUUUUUGGGUUUUGCACGCGUUGAGGGUGAUAUGAUUCCCAAACAGCUACCCACGUUCACUAAACUUAAGGAAUUGGUGCUAAUGGUCGUUAAACCAUCCCCAACGAGUGUCUUGGAAAUUACCUCCUCGCUUGUGAAGGCAUCUCCUUUCCUGCGUAAACUUCAGCUGCAUCUACCCUAUAAAUCUUACAGAGGGCGGGAAAAGAUAUCCCUAGAAAAAUCAAAAUCAGAAUCAGAAUCAUUUCAGCACGAGCAGCUUGAGGAAGUGGAGAUAUUCAAUUUCCAUGGUGCUGAAGAUGAAGUUAAGCUUGCUAUAUAUUUGCUCAGAAAUAUGGUGGUUCUUCAGAAGAUGAAGAUCAUUCGCAAAGGACAAUUGUAUGAAGGGGAUAGUAAAUGGAUGGAGUCCAGCUUACCAACUGCAAUUGAAAGAGAGCAAGUGCAUAAGAGACUUGCUCAAGAGGUGCCCUACAAUACCCAGUUAAUAAUUCUGUAAUAAUAAUAAUAUUAUUAUUAUUAUUGUCAUUAUCAUUAUUAUAAGCUAGUAUUAAUCUUAUUCAUUGGUACAUAGUUA